CAGAUGGCAUCGUCAUUCGCCAUUUUGAUUACAUAUUUUGUUCUUCCAAACGGAAUCACAUGCAUGAUCGGAAUUAUAGUUUUGCAUUCAUAUAGCGUUUUAAGUAGAACAUGCCUUUUUGCUGGGAAAUUUUAAAUAAUGACACUUUUAAAUCUGAUUGUAAUGUUUGCGUUUCGGAUCUUUCAAUAGCUCAUUUUUUUGAAUCGAGUUCCUAAAUUGUUUAUGAUUUAAAAAUGCUAUAAAUAAGAAAUUUGAAAUCAAUUUUAUUUAAAUUGUGGUGAAGUUAACAUUUGUUCACUUUCUGAAGAUGGAGAGUAAAAUUCCUGAAUCAUCUACUCGUGGACGUCGCCAACAUUUAGUUGAAAACGUCAAUACUAAAACUUUUACUCCAAGAGAAUAUCAGCUUGAAAUUCUUGAUGCCGCACGAAAGAAAAAUGUCAUUGCCUGUCUUGGAACUGGUGCAGGAAAAACUUUUAUUGCAAUAAUGCUGAUAAAAGAAUUGGCACAUCAAAUUCGAAAUGGAGAAAAGAACACAGUAUUUUUAGCUCCAACAGCUCCUUUGGUUAAACAGCAAAAACAAGUUAUAUCAGAUUAUACAGAUUUGAAAGUUGGAGCUUAUUGUGGAAGACAAGAAAAACAUGAAAGUACAUUGGAGUUUUGGGCAAAUGAACUAAAAAAUGUUCAUGUACUAGUAAUGACACCUGAUAUAUUCAGAAUGAUUGUUUGCCAUAAUCUUUUGCCAUUAUCAAGAAUAAAUUUAUUAAUCAUAGAUGAAUGUCAUAAAGCUCGAAAAGCACAUCCAUAUCGAGAAGUAAUGAGGUAUUUUGAUUUAUGUAAAGAUGAAGAACAUCCUAGGAUAUUAGGACUUAGUGCUUCUCUGCUAAACAACAAAUGUAAACCAACAAAACUUGAAGAGGAAAUAAAAACACUAGAAGAUAUAUUAAAGAGUACUGUUGUUACAGCUAGUGAUUUAAUGACUGCUGGAAAGUAUGGAACUAAACCAGAUGAACAUCUUACAUUUUAUGACGACUAUAAAAAUAAUUCUAUCCACUUUGAAAAUAUAAUGCAUGUAUUACACAAAUGUUUAGAUUUCAUUAAGGAUUUCAAGUGUCCCAAAAAUGAUAAAAUGCCUGUAGAAAAACUUCCUGAUCCUUGUAAACAGCCAAAAAGAUAUCUUUUAGAAAUUCAACAUGUAAUCAUUACUUUAGGACCUUGGUGUGCUGUACAAACUGCAGAAUUAUUUAGGAAAGAAAUCAGUUAUAUGAUAGAUAAUAUAGAAUCUAAGGAACAUAAGAAUAUGCUUAUUAUUGUUAAUACCACAUUACAUAUGGUUAUUGAAUUAUUCAAGGAACUGAUAGAAAAUGAAAAUGAUGAUCUGCUCAGUGCUUCUCCAAAAUUAAAAGAGUUAUUAAAGAUCUUAACAAAUUUUAAGCCAUCAAUGGAUCCUGAACCAAUGGAAAAUAAAAAUAACUUCCAAAAUGGACUUUUAAAUACAUCUAUAAAUAACCAGUUAGAUGCAGGUGAAGAAAAAGUGGAACAAGAAAAUAAAAUUCAGCUAAAUAGAAAUGAAAAACAAAUAGAGGAUCUCAAAUCAGAAAAAAUGUGUGGUAUUGUAUUUGUUAAAGAAAGAAUAACUGCUCAUGUAUUAAAUUUAUGGCUUACUGAAAUCAGUAAGAAACGUGAAGAUUUUAAAUUUAUUUCAUCAAAUUUUAUAUAUGGCCACAAUCAAAUUCAGAGGAACUGUGCAACAAGAGACGCUACAAUGUCACUUCAUAAACAGGAAGAAAUUUUGUACAAGUUUCGUAACAAAGAAUAUAAUCUCUUAAUAGCUACAUCUGUUGUAGAGGAAGGAUUAGAUGUUCCUAAGUGUAAUUUAGUAAUAAGAUUUGACAGACCAGAAGAGUUUAGAUCAUAUAUUCAAUCUAAAGGCAGAGCAAGAGCUCAAGAUUCUAAAUAUUUCAUUAUGGUAUCACAGAUUGAUAGAGUUCGAUUUAUUGACGACAUGUUUGAUUUUCAAACAAUAGAAAGUAUAUUACAAAAAAAGUGCUAUGAAAGAGAAAUUCCAGUUGAAGACGUAGAUGAUAAAAAAGCAGAUCAAAUGAAACCAGCAUACAGGCCCAAUGAUAAAGAUGGAGCUGCAUGUGUGUUGAUGUCUACUUCAAUACCAUUGGUAAACAGGUAUUGUGUAAAACUUCCAAGCGAUACUUUUACUAAGUUAACUCCAAAGUGGAAGAUAAAAGAAAUUUUUUUUGAAAAUUCAUUUAUAGGUUAUCAGUGUAUUAUACGACUUCCUAUAAAUUCUCCAAUGAAAAUUCCAGUUAAUGGAGAUGUUAUGCCAAAAAAACAAUUAGCUAAAAUGGCAGCUGCUUUAAAGACUUGUGAAUUAUUACAUAAAGCAGGAGAACUAGAUGAUAAUCUUUUGCCAACUGGUAAAGAAGCUGUUAAAUUUGAAGAAGAAAUGAUAGGAGAUUAUGAAGAAGUACCUCAAGGUGCUCCUCGACCUGGCACCACAAAAAGACGUCAAUAUUAUUUCAAACAGAUAGCAGAAGCUUUAAGAAGUAAUCCUCCUGAAGAAAAUUUAGAAUGCUUUCUAUAUAUGUUUUCUAUGAAAUUAACUUGUCCAAUACCAGAAGAACAGAAUACAAGGGGAAGAAAAAUUCAUGACCCUGCUGAAACAACUUGUGGUUUUGGAUUAAUCACUACUAAACAAAUUCCACCUAUAUGCAGUUUUCCCGUCUUUACUCGAUCUGGAGAAGUGACCAUCAAGCUUGAAUUUAUUCAGUCAAAUUUAACAAUUACAAAACAAGAAUUAGAAAAAUUGGCAUUCUUUCAUAAAUAUACAUUUGCUGAUGUUUUAAGAUUAGAGAAAUAUCCAAUGUUGUUCAAUCCUAAUGAAGCUAGGCAUUCAUUUUUCAUCAUUCCUGUUGAUAAAGAUCCUGAUGAUGGAAAACAUAAAAUUAGUUGGGAAUUUGUAGAUAUUAUUAAUAAACAAAAACAAGUUGUUGCUAGAAAAAUUCCUGAAGAAGAGAGAAAAAAUUUUAUGUUUUGUGUGGAAAAGUACAAGGAUGCUGUUGUAAUGCCCUGGUAUAGAAACUUAGAUAAGCCACAAUUUUUCUAUGUGGCUGAGAUUUGUGAAAAUUUAACACCAAAAAGUGAUUUUCCUGAUGCUGGUUAUGAAACAUUUGAAGGUUAUUAUAGAAAUAAAUAUGGUAUUAAUAUAAUGAAUGGCAUACAACCUCUAUUAGAUGUAGAUCAUACUUCUGCAAGACUGAAUCUUCUAACUCCUAGAUAUGUUAAUAGAAAAGGAGUUACACUACCAACUAGCAGUGAACAAACUAAAAAGGCUAAAAGAGAAAAUUUACAACAAAAGCAAAUAUUAGUGCCUGAACUAUGCAUUAUUCAUCCAUUUCCUGCUUCAUUAUGGAGAAAAGCAGUUUGUUUACCUUGUAUUUUAUAUCGUGUAAAUUCUUUAUUACUAGCAGAACAGUUACGUUUAACUGUAGCUAAAGAAAUUGGGGUUGGGACUUCAGAGAUGAAAUUAGGAUUUGAAUGGCCUAUGUUAGAUUUUGGAUGGACAUUAGCAGAUGUUUUAAAAGCUCAAGCAGCAGCUGAUGAAAAAGAAGCUCAAAAAGUGCAAAAUAUAAAACCUAAUGAAAUUAUUAGUUCAUCAAAUUUGUCUGGUGAGAGAGAGAACUUUCCUAUUGGAACUUGGUCAAAUGAAAUGGCUGGUAAUAAAAACAAUGGAAGUGACUUUGUUAUUGAUACAUUUGAUCCAAGUAAGGUUCAUAUUCCAGAUGAUGAUGAUUUUUUGGCUGAUCAAGAAGUAAGUAAAAUUCAGUUUGAUGACAUUACUGGAAAUGUGUCUAAUUUUGAUAUGUGGGGAGCUAUUAAUCCUCCAGAAGUAAGUAGUCCUGAAUUAUUCCAAAUUAGGUAUGGUUCACCUAGUAACUUUGAAGGAACUGGUUGGGAUUCAGAAUGGGAUACAGAAACUGAAGAUGCAAAUUUUUAUUCUCUCAAUCUUCCAGGUUUGGGUUAUAUUUCUGCUCCAGGGGUAUUUAAUAUGGAAGGUCUUUCUCUUGAUUUAGCUUCAUGUAGAGAUGAUGAUCUUUGGGACAGUAUGGAUGAAGAUUCUAUUUAUGAUGAAACUGAACUAGAAAAAUUAUCUCCAAUUCCACAGUUAACAUUCCAAAACGGAGAAGCAGAAAAUUUAAUAUCAAAUAAAUUAACUGCAUCUGAAUAUGAUGUAACGAUUUAUGAAUCAGAGUGGAUUUCUUCAAACUGUAAUAUUGAAUUAGAUGUUACAAAUUCUUCUCUAGAUAAUUCAGAUGAUGAAUUAGAAAAACCAAAAGAAAUCAGCAAAGUCAUUGAUCCUUCUAUUUCUGAAACUCCAAACGAAAUAACUGAUGAUGAUGAUGAUGAUCUCAAUUCUGAAAAUAAAUUUUUACAGAAUGAUGUCAGUGAUAUUCCUAUAAAUCUUUUGGAAAAUGAGUUAUGCAUUAUCGAUCAUUUUCAUAACAGUGUGUCUACAGAAUCAACUCUUGCUUUUGGUGAUUUACUCCCAGAUAGAGAAAAAUUGCAGUUUUGUGAUAAAGAUAUUUUUCGUGUUCAUUUUGAUGAAAAUAUUGAUCUAAAUCAACAUAAUGGUCCUAGUCCAAGUAUCAUUUUGCAAGCAUUAACUAUGUCUAAUGCUAAUGAUGGUAUAAAUUUGGAACGAUUAGAAACAGUUGGUGAUUCAUUCUUAAAAUAUGCUAUAACUGCGUAUCUUUUUUGUACGUAUCCAAAUCUUCAUGAAGGAAAGUUAUCAUAUUUACGCAGUAAACAAAUAAGUAAUCUUAAUUUGUAUAGAUUAGGCAAGAAAAAGGGUUUAGGAGAAUUAAUGGUAGCAACAAAAUUUGAACCUAAUGAUAAUUGGUUGCCACCUUGUUAUACAGUACCAAAAGGUUUAGAACAGGCUCUUAUUGAAUCUGGAACACCAUCAGGUCAUUGGAAUAUUGGAACUUUAGGACAGGGUUUAAAUCUAAUGAAUGAAGAACAAAUUCGCCAAUGUGUCUUAAAUAAAAAGUGCCAAGAAAAUAUUGUUGAUGGACUAGUACCAAAUCAAGAAAAUCAAAUACCAUACAUCCCUUAUAAUUUACUUACACAACAUAGCAUACCAGACAAAAGUAUUGCUGAUUGUGUAGAAGCUUUAAUUGGUGCUUAUCUCAUAUCUUGUGGUCCAAGAGGUGCCUUACUUUUUAUGUCGUGGUUAAAAUUAAGAGUAUUACCUAAUACAUCCAAUCAAUCUGAUAAAAAUAACAUUUAUGGAAAUCUUGAGCCACCUCAGUCACCUUUACUUAAACAUGUACCAAACAGUGAUAAAAAGUUAGACAGAUUACUUUCUGGUUAUGCCUCAUUUGAGAAAAAGAUUGGAUAUAAUUUUAAAGAUAAAGCUUACUUAUUACAAGCUUUUACACAUGCUUCAUAUCACUAUAAUCAGUUAACUGACUGUUACCAGAGAUUGGAAUUUUUAGGUGAUGCUGUUCUUGAUUAUCUCAUAACUCGACAUCUUUAUGAAGAUCCUCAGAAACAUUCUCCAGGCACAUUAACUGAUCUCAGAUCAGCAUUGGUCAACAAUACUUUCUUUGCAUCUUUGGCUGUGAAGUAUGAUUUUCAUAAAUAUUUCAAAGCCAUUUCACCAGGCCUCUUUGGAGUUAUUAACAAAUUUGUGGAAAUGAAAAAGAAAAGUUCUGGUUUUGAUGACUGUGAGAAUUAUUAUUUAGAAGAAGAAGAAUGUGAAGAAGCAGAAGAAGUUGAAGUGCCUAAAGCAUUAGGAGAUGUAUUUGAAUCAGUUGCUGGAGCGAUAUAUCUUGAUAGUGGGAUGUCCUUAGAUUGUGUAUGGAGAGUAUAUUAUGCAAUGAUGAAACCUGAAAUUGAAUUCUUCAGUACCCAUGUUCCAAAAUCUCCAAUUAGAGAACUUCUUGAAAUGGAACCACAAACAGCUAAAUUUGAGAGAGCUGAAAUGACAAUGAGUGGAAAAGUCAGAGUCCGAGUUGAAGUUUUUGGUAAAGGUCAGUUUGUGGGCAUUGGAAGAAAUAAGCGUAUUGCAAAAUGUACUGCAGCUAAAAGGGCUUUAAGAGAACUAAAAAAAAUGAAAAAAGCAAAAUCUUGGAAAAGCUUUUGAAGAUUGUAGAUAGCAAAAAGUUAAAUUAUGUAUCCAUCAUUGUUCAUGUUUUAUAAUGAAAAAAAUAUAUAUAUUAGAAUUUGCCACUGAAAUAUAAUAUAAAAAUUUAAUAUUCCAAAAAGUAAUUUUAAUUGCUAAAUUUUCAAAUAGUGAAAAAUUAAUUAUAUUGCAGAAAUAUUAGUACAUUUACUAUAAAUAGACUUUUAGGAAUUGUUAUUUUUUUAAUGUUCCUAGUAUAUUUAUAAGUAGGUCAUUGAUUAUUCAUAUUGGAUUUUCAAAAAGAAAUUUAUUCACUUGUUUAAUGAAAAUGAUUUUCUUGUUAAUACAUUCAUAAUGGUAAAGUUGUGUAAUGUAAAAAGUUUUUAUAUUCUUUUGUUAAAGUUUCCUUAAAAAAAUAAUAAAAUAUAGUCAGAAUUGUUAAUAU